UUUCUUGGAUCCUGCGAGAGACAAUGGUUACUAUUGCCCAAAUUUAUGAGAAUGUUGGGCUACAGAUAAAGCAAACAAGGAAUGAUGAAAAAGUAGACCAAAAUGAAAAAGAAAAAGGAGAAGGAGAAGAGAAUUGCAACAAAAACCAAAAAGAAUUCUAUGAGAGAGAGGGAGACAAACCCAAAAUACUCCUUAAAAAAAAAAAAAAUCGGAGCAUCAGACUUGUGUAUAUACUAGAAUUACAAAUAGAAGAAUUACCAGAAACAAAGGAGGAGGAAGAAGAAAUAAUCACAAACAAGCUCACACUAUUGUCUCUCUCUCUCCCUCCCUCUAUCUCUCUCUUCUGUCUGUUGAAAUUUCACACACCUAACAGAACCCACUGGAGAAACAAAUCAUGAUGAAACACCCUCUGCACCCAACACUCCCAAAAAGCAUCUCUCUUCUCCAUCAUCAAAACCUCCCAUGACCCAUCCCUUAAAUUCACCAUUCUCUCAUCCCUACUCCCAACUCACCUCUCUCUCACACAUCCCAAUCCCAAUCCCAAUCCCAAAACCUCCCAAAAAACCAUGAACCACCACUACCACCACCACUACUGUUCUUUCUCUCUCUUUCUCAUCACAACAUUCUCUCUAAUCAUCUCCUCCACCACCACCACCAUUCCCCUCCCUCUAAUCUCUCUCCUCUCUCUCAAAUCCUCCCUCACCGACCCUCUCAACACCUUCCACGACUGGAACACCACCUCCACCGCCGCCACCUCCAGCCAACCCAUUUGGUGCUCUUGGUCCGGCGUCAAAUGCGACCGCCGCACCACCACCCAAAUCACCACCCUCGACCUCUCCCGCCGGAAUCUUUCCGGUACAAUUCCGGCCCAAAUCCGGUACCUAACCCACCUCCACCACCUCAAUUUAAGCUCCAAUGCCUUCGAGGGUCCCUUCCCAACCGCCAUUUUCGAGCUUCCAUACCUCAGAACUCUCGAUAUCAGCCACAACAACUUCAACUCCACAUUCCCAGUCGGCAUUUCCAAGCUUAAAUCACUCACUACCUUCAACGCUUACAGCAACAGCUUUACCGGUCCUGUACCGCCGGAACUCUUCCGCCUCCGCUACCUCGAGUACCUUAAUCUCGGCGGCAGCUACUUCGACGGCCACAUUCCGGCGGGUUUCGCGAACUUGACUCAGUUAAAGUUCUUAGAUCUCGCUGGAAAUCUUCUCACCGGUGCAAUUCCGGCGGAUCUCGGUUCCUUGACUCAGCUCGAGCGGUUAGAAAUCGGGUACAACGAGCUUUCUGGCGAAGUUCCGGCGGAGCUCUGGAAGUUAUCGAACUUGGAGUACUUGGAUGUCUCCACCAAUGGUCUCUCCGGCGAAAUCCCCCGUGAAAUCGGCAAAUUGACGAAGCUCCAGACAUUGUUGCUCUUCAAAAACCAAUUUUCCGGUACCAUUCCGGCGAGUCUCGGAACCCUGAAAGCUCUGAAAGCUCUUGAUUUGUCAGAUAAUCGUCUUUCAGGGCAUAUUCCAUUGGAAAUAUCGUCUCUGAAAGAGCUCAAUGUCCUGAACUUGAUGAACAAUCAACUUUCCGGCGAAAUACCGGACGGUAUCGGCGAGAUUCCGAACCUUCAAAUGUUGUCUUUGUGGAACAAUUCUCUCGCCGGAGCUUUACCAGAAAAAUUGGGAUCGACCCAGAUGUUGCAGAAGCUUGAUGUGUCUUCGAACUUUCUCACUGGUGCAGUACCUCCCAAUCUGUGUCAUGGAAACAUGUUAGUUAAACUCAUACUUUUCGAUAACAAUUUUGUGGGUCAGCUUCCUUCUUCGCUUGCGAAUUGUUCUUCAUUAUCGAGGUUUCGAAUACAAAACAAUGAAUUCAAUGGCUCGAUCCCAUACGGGUUUGGUUCUUUGCCCAAUUUGACGUUCAUGGAUUUGAGCAAGAACAACUUCACCGGCGAAAUUCCCGGGGAUUUCGGCAAUGCGGCCAAGUUAGAGUUCUUGAACAUUUCGGAGAACUCGUUCAGGGCGGAGUUGCCGGAGAAUAUAUGGAGUGCACCGAUUUUGCAGAUAUUUUCAGCUAGAUCAUCUAUGAUUACUGGUAAAAUUCCGGACUUCAUUGGUUGUGGAAGCUUAUAUAAGAUUGAGCUAGAUGGCAAUGCUCUAAAUGGUAGCAUUCCUUGGGACAUUGAUCACUGUGAGAAGCUGAUUCACUUGAACUUAGGUCGCAAUUCGCUUUCCGGCAUAAUUCCGUGGGAGAUAUCGACGCUUCCAUCGAUCACCGAUGUUGAUUUGUCGCAAAAUUUGUUGACCGGGACUAUACCUUCGAAUUUCAAUAACUGUAGCACAUUAGAGAAUUUCAAUGUCUCGUAUAAUCAGCUCACUGGACCGAUACCGUCUUCUAGCGCGGUAUUCCAAAACCUCCGUCAAUCGUCCUUCGAAGGCAAUGAAGGUCUUUGCGGCAAAAUUCUUCAAAAACCUUGCGGCACCGACGACAGCCUUGCGGCCGGAGCAGUGGAGGUCCGUCAGGAACCAAAGAAGACUGCCGGCGCAAUUGUGUGGAUCAUAGCGGCGGCGUUUGGGAUCGGCCUAUUUGUGCUCAUCGCUGGCACACGGUGCUUCCAAGCGAACUACAGUCGUCGAUUUGCCGAUGAUCGUGAGAUCGGGCCAUGGAAAUUAACUGCCUUCCAGCGAUUGAAUUUUACGGCAGAUGAUGUGUUGGAAUGCCUCUCGAUGAGCGAUAAGGUCCUCGGGAUGGGAUCCACAGGAACAGUGUACAAAGCCGAGAUGCCAAGCGGCGAGGUCAUAGCGGUGAAGAAGUUGUGGGGCAAGCAUAAAGAUACGAUUAGGAAAAGACGAGGUGUGUUGGCUGAGGUCGAUGUGCUGGGGAAUGUGAGGCACCGAAACAUAGUGAGAUUGUUAGGGUGUUGUAGCAACAAUGAGUGCACAAUGUUACUCUACGAGUACAUGCCAAACGGAAGCUUAGACGACUUGUUACAUGGAAAGAACAAGGGUGAUAAUUUAGUGGCGGAUUGGCUUACUCGAUACAAGAUAGCAUUGGGCGUGGCUCAAGGGAUUUGUUAUCUUCACCACGAUUGUGAUCCAGUGAUCGUGCAUCGUGAUCUCAAGCCUAGCAAUAUAUUGUUGGAUGGUGAGAUGGUAGCUAGGGUUGCCGAUUUUGGUGUAGCCAAGCUAAUUCAAAGCGAUGAAUUAAUGUCUGUCAUUGCUGGAUCCUACGGCUAUAUUGCGCCAGAAUAUGCUUACACACUACAAGUUGACGAAAAAAGUGACAUAUACAGCUACGGGGUGGUGUUGAUGGAGAUUCUAACCGGGAAGAGAUCGGUGGAUGCAGAAUUCGGAGAUGGCAAUAGCAUUGUGGAUUGGGUGAAAUCCAAAAUCAAGACUAAAGAUGGCCUUGUUGACGUGCUUGACAAAAAUGCCGGGGCAUCAUGUGCCUCGGUGAGGGAGGAAAUGAUCCUAUUGCUAAGGGUUGCAUUGCUCUGCACUAGUCGAAACCCUGCAGAUCGACCUCCGAUGAGGGACGUUGUGUCAAUGUUGCAAGAGGCUAAACCGAAGAGGAAGUUGCCCGGAAGUGGCGGCCGUGGGGAUGUUGGAGGUGGAGGGGGUGGUGGUGUAACCCCUUUGACCCAAAAACCAACUGUGGAAUGUUAAUAUAAUUGGUUUUUUGGGUUUUUUUUUUUUCUUUUUUUUUCUGUUUUUUUUUUUCUCAAAUUGUGGGGAUUGGGUAUAGGAGAUGUGAUUUUUUGUUUUUAUGUUUUUGUGAAUUUGCAAUGGAAUUUCGAGAGUUAUGAUUAUGCUUCUAGUGAUGUGUGAUAUUGGGUUGUUCUCAUUAACAAUGACUACCCUUAUUUGUUUCCAUAAGCAUAAACAUUACUUUUGCUGUA